AUUUGUGCUAGAACGACAUACAUACCAAAUGCAGUUCUCUUUUCAGUAGUUGGAGGUGGAACAUUUUCUACAUCAUCACAGUUACUUCUAAUGCUCAGGAAAAGAUCAGAACUGUUUAAAGAAAAACAAGAGGCAUGGAUCUCAAGGAUUCCUUCUAUGCUGUGAUCCUGGGAGCACUAAUAAUGCUCCAACUGGGAGCAUCACAUAAUGAAGAAGGACACUUUCAGCCGGACUUAAAUCUCUCUACUGCAGACAACACUUCCUCAGAUUCUGCACCUAUGAACUCUGCAUCCUGGGGAUUGCUUGCAGCAGCCCUUCUACUUCUUCUAGCAUUUGCUGUCACAUUAUAUUUCUUAUGUAAAGGGCAAUGUACGAAUUCACACAGUAGACCCCAAGAAGAACGGGAAAAAAUAAUACCAGACAAGUUAAAGGAAGAAAAUGACAUUGAAGACUUCAGAAAAAGCCAGCAGUACAAGUUAAAGGAAGAAAAUGAGGAGUUAAAGGAAGAAAAUGAAUUGUUAGAUGCCCACGUCUACAGAGCAGCUGAUGUGAUCUUGGACCCCAAGACAGCUCACCCGAGACUGGAAGUGUCUGAAAAAGGGAAAUGCGUGAGAGACACAGGAAUUGUUUCUAAGGUUUCUGACUGUGAGGACAGGUUUAACUCCCAGGCUUUCAUUCUGGCAGCAGAAGGCUUUUCUGAAGGCAAACAUUACUGGGAAGUGGAGGUUGGACAGAAAGAAAAGUGGGACUUGGGAGUUGCCUCUGAAUCUGCUCCUAGAAAAGGAACAAUCACACUGUCUCCUGAGAAUGGCUACUGGGUCAUGGGACUCGAUGGUGGAAAAAAUUACUUGGCUCGGACAGAGGUAUGGACCCGCCUCCAAGUGACUGGAAAACUGACAAAAAUAGGAAUAUUCCUAGAUAUACCUGCUAGAAGACUGUCUUUUUAUGAUGUCAACAGUAAAAGGAAAUUGCAUACGUAUUAUACCAUAUGCAGUUCUGGGAAGUUUUAUCCUUUCUUCUCUGUAGGUUCUGUGACUACAGUACCAGAUAGUUCUCCACUACAAAUUCUUCCACUGUUUUAAGAUUGCUGUAAACCGCCCAGAGAGCUUCGGCUAUGGGGCGGUAUACAAGUGCAAUCAAUCAAUCAAUCAAUCAAUCAAUCAAUCAAUCAAUAAAGAUUGUGGGCAUAGACCGAGGACAAAUACCAACCAGUCCUGGAAUAGCUCAGUUUAACUGGGAUAGUUGUAUCAGUCCAGGUGCCAGAGAAUGAGAGAAAUAGAGUAGACACAAUGGCAUCCAUGAAUUCAAUCAUGUCUACACCUCUAAGAAGUACCAAUGACCCAGAGCAUAGUUUUCCCCCUUAUAAGGAUAUAUAAAUGAGGAACGUAAAUUUUAAUCACUGAGUAAAAUGUGACAUAAUGCUUAACAAGGAAGCUCAAAGUAAAUCCUAUUGAUUUCAUUACUAUAAUUAGAAUGUUUAAGUGUUACGUUGAUAAACAUAAACCAUGUCAGAAACACUUUUUCUUUAUUAUUUCUCUCUGCUCUGUAAGAUUUUAAUUAACUAAUUUUAGGUUCUUGGAGUCUAUAAUUGGUAUAUAAUGACUGCAAUAAAUAUUUCACUUCAGAGUGAAUUUUUGUUUAGAGUUUGCAAGAAGAAAUAUGAUAAAAUACUUACAAUUUGCUUCUAAGUACAGUAGGGCCCCGCUUAUAUGGCGGGUUCUGUUCCGGACCCCUGCCAUAAAGCGGAAAAUGCCAUAAAGCAGAACCCCAUUGACUUUAAUGGGGCGCAGCGUGCGAAAAUGAUGUGAAAAUGCCACAAAAUGCCGCAAAAUGGUCUUUAAAAGAGGGGAGGAAAGCCGCCGCAUUAGCGGAACACCGGGAAGCGGAGCGCUGGUAAGCGGGGCCCUACUGUAAUGAUAUAUUGCUGCUUUAAAAAAGGUAACAUGAGAGAAUCAUUCCACUAUACCCCUCUAAGUGAAUGAAUAUGAGAGAAUCCAAGCUCAUGACAUAAUCACAGGGGUGGUUGGUGGACCCUAAACCUGGUGGGGCAACAUGGCCAAGGAGCCAUUACUCCCAUGAGCCCUGUUGCAAUGAGUUAAAAUUAAAAAUGUUGUACUGAAAUAAAAUCAAACAAUGCUAAGUGAAACAUAUGCUUACCUCCCUUGUGAAAAGUAUGGGAGUUUUCCGCUUAUCUGCUUCUUUAACAAUUAAAAAUGUUAUUCCCAGCUUAUCGGACCAAAGGUCAAGGAUAGAGGAAGUUUGGAAGGAGAACAGAGAAGUGGACCAGAAUAGACAGAUGCUGAGAAAUUAAACAAUGAUGUAUUCUUGAUUAGCUAUGCAUUUCUGAUAUUAUGUAUGUGACGCAUCUAUAGCCUAUAAAUAUGAUGACUGUCAGCAAUUCUGGAGAGUCACUUAAGGGUGGCCCUCCCUUUGCAAAGGUUCUAAUAAAGGCAAGUAUUUGCAGUA